AUGACUGGUACCGAUGGCACGGAGGUAGCUGUGGCAGGAGCGGUUGCCAGCGCCGAUGGUGUCGCCGUUCAUGCACCCAGCGACAAAUACAGCAUCGCACUCGCUGCACGGCGGCGAUCUUACGGCCCAAACACUUCGCUGUCGUACGAGCAGCCACUCAUGAUCAUACGCGGGGACGGCACGUACCUUUUCGACGAACACGGGGUGUCGUACCUGGAUUGCGUCAACAACGUGUCGCACCUCGGGCAUAGCAAUACGGAGGUCGUUGCAGCCAUCUCAGCCCAGUUGCGCAAGCUCAACACCAACUCCCGCUACCUGCACCCAGAUCUACCGCGGUAUACUGAAAUGCUCUUGGCCACCCUUAACACCACCACCACCACCACCAACAACAACAACAACUCCUGUAACACUACUUGUAGCAGCAACAACAGUACCUACAGUAACAAAAAGAGCAGUACUAACUGCACUCGCCACAACAGCACUCCAGAAGGCUGCAGCAGCAACAGUGACAGCAACAAAGGCGCAUGCGGCAGCUCAUCAUGCAGCUCCACAAAGGCGAACACGCUACAAAACCUAGAGGUGCUGUACCUCGUGUGUUCCGGCUCCGAAGCCAAUGAUUUGGCGCUCCGUCUCAUCUCUGUCGCCCGCCCUGGAGCGACACACGUGGCGGUUAUGGGGGGAGCCUACCACGGCCACACGUCAGCACUCAUUCAAUUGAGUCCGUACAAAUUCUGGGGCACGGGCGGCGGCGGACGCCAGCCGCACGUGCAUGUCGUACCGUGCCCAGAUCCGUACAGGGGCGAGAACCUGGACGGCCGGGCGGCUGCACGCGCGGUGCUAGCGGCUGCGGAGCGGUGUGGUGGACGGCUCGGGGGUUUCUUCUGCGAGUCGAUACUGUCGUGCGGGGGCCAGGUGGUGUUGCCGCCGGGCUACCUCAAGGUAAUUUCAGAGAGGCCCCGUGUUGGGCGGGACCUGUACGAUGAGCUCCGAGCCGCCCGGGUGGUUCUGGUGGCGGACGAGGUGCAGUGCGGCUUCGGGCGCUGCGGCGAGGCCUUUUGGGGCUUCCAGACACAGCCGGGGGUAGCGCCGGACAUCGUCACCAUGGGGAAACCUAUCGGUAACGGGUACCCAUUGGCGGCUCUUGCCACUACCCGCGAGCUAGCAGCUGCAUUCGCGGCGCCGGGCAUGGAGUACUUUAAUACGUACGGCGGCAGUACUGCAGCAGUAGCGGCGGGUCUUGCCGUACUGUGCAUCCUGCAGCGCGACGGGCUGCAGCAGCAUGCACAGCGGGUGGGCUCGUACUUGCUGUACGGGUUGCGGCAGCUGCUUCAGACCCAUGAGGUGGUGGGCGACGUACGCGGCUUGGGGCUGUUCCUCGGGAUUGAGAUUGUACGUGAUAAGGCCUCCAAGCGCCACGCUCCUGCUACAGCCAGAUGGAUCAAGGAGCGCAUGAAGGCGCGGCGGGUGCUGAUCAGUACGGAUGGGCCGUACGACAACGUGAUCAAGAUCAAGCCGCCAAUGGUAUUUGGAAUACGGGAGGCGGACAUGCUGCUGCGGGAAUUCAGGGAGGUUCUGGAGCAAGAGCUUACGGCCGAUGUACGGCAGAAGCUGAGACGUCGUGAGGACGAGCUGUGGACAUCUGUAUACGGACCGCGGCAGGCAAAGUACCGGGAAAACGAGCGACAGCUGUUUCAGGGCGGUCUUUCACCCCAGGCCCGGCUCUAG